UACCAAUACCAAUACCAAUACCAAUACCAAUACAACUGGAACUGGAAUUGAAAUUAUAACGUCAACGUCCACAUCCACAUCCACACCUGCACCAGCACCAGCACCAUCUGUACUGCUACCAGCACCCACAAUCACAUCCACACCCACUCCCAAAUCCACUUUCACAUCUACAUCUACACCAUCGACCCCGAGCUUGUCACCACCACCUUCACCUUUACCCCCCCCUGCAAUCUCUAUCUCAUACUUCCCUCCAGCUGCAGAGCAGCCUACUCCUCCAAAACCGACGAGCAAGAUGGCUCCGAAAGCAAAUGCCGCAAAUGGCGACCAAGAUAGUCUCAACAGCGGCAAGAUUUACUCCGUGUCCGGACCCGUCGUUGUGGCCGAGGACAUGAUCGGAGUUGCCAUGUACGAGCUUGUCAGAGUCGGCCACGAUCGUCUAGUCGGUGAAGUCAUUCGAAUCAACGCCGACCAAGCUACCAUUCAAGUCUACGAAGAGACUGCUGGCAUAACCGUCGGUGAUCCCGUCGCCCGUACCGGCAAACCUCUUUCCGUCGAACUCGGUCCUGGUCUAUUAAACAACAUUUACGACGGAAUUCAACGACCUCUCGAGAAGAUUGCCCAACAAUGCCAGAGCAUUUAUAUUCCUCGCGGUGUUGCCGCAACCGCUCUCGACCGAGAAAAGAAGUGGGAGUUCACUCCUACCCUAAAGGUUGGCGAUCACAUUUCUGGUGGUGACGUCUGGGGAACUGUUUUCGAGAACUCCUUCAUCAAGGUGCACAAGAUCUUACUGCCGCCACGAGCCAGGGGAACCAUUACCAAGAUCGCUGGAAAGGGCGAAUAUACCGUUGACGAGAAGAUCCUCGAAGUCGAGUUCAAUGGCACCAAGACCGAGUAUGGCAUGAUGCAAACCUGGCCUGUUCGUGUCCCGCGACCGACUACCGAGAAGCUCGCCGCCGACAGCCCCUUCAUCGUAGGCCAACGAGUCUUGGAUGCUCUCUUCCCCAGUGUUCAGGGUGGUACGGUGGCUAUCCCCGGUGCUUUCGGAUGUGGCAAGACUGUCAUUUCCCAGUCCGUCUCCAAGUUCUCCAACAGCGACGUCAUUGUGUAUGUGGGUUGCGGAGAAAGAGGAAACGAGAUGGCUGAAGUCUUGAAGGAUUUCCCUGAAUUGUCUAUCGAGGUCGAGGGCCGCAGGGAGCCCAUCAUGAAGCGAACUACUCUGAUCGCCAACACCUCCAACAUGCCUGUCGCCGCCCGAGAAGCUUCCAUCUACACGGGUAUCACGGUUGCCGAAUACUUCCGUGACCAGGGCAUGAACGUAGCCAUGAUGGCUGAUUCCUCUUCCCGAUGGGCUGAAGCUUUACGUGAAAUCUCUGGUCGUCUCGGAGAAAUGCCUGCUGAUCAGGGUUUCCCUGCUUAUCUCAGUGCCAAACUAGCCAGUUUCUACGAGCGUGCAGGCAAGACGAGCUGCCUCGGUUCGCCCGAGCGCGAAGGCAGUGUCAGCAUUGUCGGUGCCGUCAGUCCCCCUGGUGGUGAUUUCUCCGAUCCCGUCACUACGUCCACCCUCGGUAUCGUACAGGUCUUCUGGGGUCUCGACAAGCGGCUAGCGCAACGGAAGCAUUUCCCGUCCAUCAACACGUCGGCGUCUUACAGCAAGUAUACCAACACGCUGGACAAGUGGUACGAGAAGGACUUCCCAGAUUUCCCGAGACUGCGUGACCGUAUCAGACAGCUACUAUCCGACUCGGAGGAGUUGGACCAAGUAGUGCAGCUCGUCGGAAAGUCAGCGCUAUCGGACCCUGACAAGAUCACCCUCGAUAUGGCAACGCUCCUCAAGGAAGACUUUUUGCAGCAAAACGGAUACUCAGACUACGAUCAGUUCUGCCCUAUCUGGAAGACAGAGUGGAUGAUGAAGCUUAUGAUUGGGUUCAACGAUGAGGCGCAGAAGGCUAUCGCUCAGGGUCAGAGCUGGGCCAAGGUCCGUGAGGCCACUAGUGACCUUCAAGCUCAACUCCGAAGUCUUAAAUUCGAGGUACCAAGCGAAGGCCAAGAGACAAUUAGCAAGAAGUACGAGGCUAUCCAACAAAACAUGCUGGAUAAAUUCGCUUCUGUCAUGGACGAGUAAAGGGAGUAGUAAAUGUGGUGCUCUUACCCGUGUGAAGCGGAUUUGCCUCACUCAACUUGCCUUGCCUUAUCUUGAUCCCAUUGCCAGACACAAGAAGGUUGUACAUAAGACAGAAUUCUGGGAGGAGGCUCUUAUUUUGAAGGGGUAAAACGAUGAAGAGGCAACGAGUUGGGACGUGUAAAAAGCCCCAAGAUUCAAUGAAUGUUAUAGUGUUAGGAUUGUUGUAAGUGCUACGAACUGCUAGGUAUCGAAAUUACGUGAAUCCAUAACCUAGGUAUUUACGUUUUUGACCCAAGCAUGUACGUUCAUAUGGGCAUGCCUUGACCGGUUUUUUUUCUCUCUCUCUCUCUAUGACGCUCUGGUCGGGUUUAUAAUGUGUUCAUCUUGUGUGGAUGUUCUGUGAACUGUGUCAAACAACUGAAGACAUACAUACAUUCACGAAAAAAACUCGUCGCCAGUUCUUCUUCUCCAGACCCCCAACCCCCCUUUUUUUUAAAAAAAAAAAAAAAAAAAAAAGUAAAGUAGAAAAACAAAUAUCAACGAAACUUCUCUCAAUU